AUGUCGAGCACAACGGAGGAGCUGCCGCUCUACCUAACCCCACAGUUCUUUAAGCGAACUCUGGAGCACGGACUGCAGCAACAGGACUUGAAGGUAUUGGAUGUCCAGCUCAAAGAUCUGACGCGCGGCGGAGAGAACUACUGCAGUAAUAUAUAUAGGGCACAGAUCAAGUACCAAAAUGCGCAAUGCGAGCGGGUGGAGACGUCGCUUAUAGUCAAGUGCAUGCCGGAGGACAAGCAGGCUAUAUUGGCGCGUCUGCACAUCUAUAACAAGGAGACGAUGUUCUAUCUGAACAUCAAACCCAAGCUGGAAACACUUAUGUGGCAUGUGGGGAAAGGCGAGCCAUGGUCAUUGGGUGCUGGCCACUACUACUCCACUACGCAACCGGAGCAAACAAUUAUCUUUGAAGACCUCUGCAGCGACGGCUAUCAGCUGAAAUGCCGGCAAUUGGGCUUGGACGGUGCCCACGCCUCGCUUGUUAUGAGAAAACUAGCCCAAUACCAUGCCUUGACCAUGGUCAUGGCUGAGCGAGAGCCACAGACCAUCAUAGAUCGCUACCCCUUUGGGCUGUUGCAUAUGGAUGCCAUUAAAUCGGAGCCCUUUAAGUUGCUAUUCGGCACCCAACUGCUCAAGCUGGCAGGCCUGGUCAGCGACUGCGACGGUUUCGGCAGCAUUGCCCACAAACUGUAUCGCUAUCACGAGCAUUUUACGGAGCGCGUACUCAAGGCCGUUUAUCCCUUGAGGGGCACACUGAACGUUCUCAAUCAUGGUGAUCUGUGGAUCAACAACAUCUUCUUCAAAUACAACAAGCAGUAUAAACUGGAGGAUGUAAAGAUAAUUGAUUUUCAGUUGUGCUUUUAUGGCAGUCUGGGGUUCGACAUCAAUUACUUUCUGAACACCAGUCUCGAUCUAGAUGUACUCAGAACACAGCGGCAGUAUCUUAUAGAUACUUAUUACGAUGCACUCAUCGACUGCCUGAAACAACUGCCAUUUAAUGAACCUUUGCCCACUUACGAUGCGGUUAUGCAAGAAAUACGGGCUCGUGAAGCAUACGGAUUCUUUGUGGCAUUCGGAUUCUUUCCACUAAUGAGCAUGAUUGGCGUUGAUUCCGAGGAUAACUCUUUGAAGAAUUUUCACGACGAGGAAUUCGCCAGACAGAAGGUACAACUAAUGUUUGAGGGUAAUGCCCGUACUCUGGAAAGCCUCAAGUUUACGCUGAAGCGUCUCGAUGAAUUGCAGCUCUUUGAUUAAAAACGCAAUGCCAUAUUUCAAUAUAAUCAUUUCCACAUGUGGUAUGUGUUGCAUGCAAAAUAGAAAAUAGACAGACGUCAGAAUAAAAUGCACAUACACUUAGCUCUUAAUUGAAAGCUGUCAUUUAUCUUUUCACGCCUUAGAGAAACAAAAACG